GCCAGAUUGGAAGUUGUGGACCUCUUUGUGGAUUUUGGAGAUGGUGUGUUACUCAUGAAACUUCUUGAAAUUAUCUCUGGAGAAAAGCUUGGGAAACCCAAUAGAGGUCGUAUGCGGGUGCAGAAAAUCGAAAACCUCAACAAAUCGCUGGAUUUUCUUAAAAGGAAGAAGAUCCAGCUUGAAAACAUCGGAGCUGAAGAUAUUCUGGAUCGAAAUGAACGUCUUAUUCUUGGUCUCAUCUGGACAAUUAUUCUUCGUUUCCAAAUCGACACCAUUGUUAUUGAGGUGAGCAGAUUUACUCAUUGA